CGCGGAUUAUGAAGUACUCUAUGUCAACCUAUUUGCAUCAAUUCUUCGUUUCCUCUGUUCUUCACUCUCUGGAGAUCAGCUUUUCUCAACUCCCAAAAACAUCCAUUUGAUUCCUGAUCUGUCCUCGAUCGGCGUUGUUAAGAAAUUACACCGGAGUCCCAAAGUAUAUGUAGUACGCUGCAGGGCACCAACAGUACCGUACGUCCGUCGUCGGAGUUUUCCCGGACGAAGAUCCAGGAGAUAAUCUGAGAAUUGGGUUUGAUUAAUUGCUGCAGAAAAAUAAAAUGGCUGGCGCCAAUGCCACAGUUACAAGUACGUGUCCAGCUGCCAUGAAGGCAACAUCUAACGGGGUGUUCCAGGGAGAUAAUCCUCUUGAUUUUGCACUCCCUCUUGCCAUCUUGCAGAUAUGUAUUGUAGUUGUACUCACGCGUGUUCUGGCUUUUCUUUUAAGGCCAUUGAGACAGCCUCGCGUCAUUGCUGAGAUUGUUGGUGGAAUAUUACUUGGCCCGUCCGCGCUAGGUCGAAACAAACACUAUCUAAAUGCAAUCUUUCCAUCUAGAAGCCUCACAGUGUUGGAUACUUUAGCCAAUCUGGGUCUCCUCUUCUUUUUAUUCCUUGUAGGCCUAGAGUUAGACCUAAAGUCCCUCCGCCGGACUGGAAAGAAAGCUUUAAGCAUAGCCAUUGCAGGAGUUAGCCUUCCCUUUGCAUUAGGAAUUGGAACCUCAUUUGUCUUCCGAGGAACUAUUUCCAAAGGAGUAAAUGAAGCCCCAUUUCUUGUAUUCAUGGGGGUGGCCCUUUCUAUUACUGCAUUUCCUGUCUUGGCCCGUAUUUUGGCUGAACUCAAGCUAUUGACCACUGAUGUUGGCCGAAUGGCCAUGUCUGCUGCAGCAGUCAAUGAUGUGGCAGCAUGGAUUCUACUUGCUCUUGCCAUUGCCCUCUCCGGCACCGGCCGCUCUCCCCUGGUUUCGUUAUGGGUUUUCUUGUGUGGGAGUGGUUUUGUUCUCUGUUGUAUGUUCAUUGUCCCACCAAUCUUUAAUUGGAUGGCGCAGCGUUGCCCUGAGGGCGAGCCUGUGGAAGAGUUGUAUGUAUGUGCUACUUUAGCUGGAGUUUUGGCAGCCGGGUUUGUCACUGAUGCUAUUGGAAUUCAUGCCCUCUUUGGUGCAUUUGUGGUUGGAGUAAUGGUUCCAAAGGAAGGGCCAUUUGCAGGUGCUCUUGUGGAAAAAGUUGAGGAUCUUGUAACUGGUCUUCUCCUUCCUUUGUACUUUGUCUCAAGCGGAUUGAAAACCAAUGUAGCAUCGAUUCGAGGGCUACAAUCCUGGGGUCUUCUUGUAUUAGUCAUUUGUACAGCCUGUUUUGGGAAGAUUCUUGGUACUGUUGCAGUCUCCCUCUUCUUGAGAGUACCUAUUCCGGAGGCUCUGGCUCUGGGUUUCCUAAUGAAUACCAAAGGUUUGGUGGAACUCAUUGUCCUCAACAUUGGCAAAGACAGAAAGGUAUUGAAUGAGGAAACAUUUGCCAUCAUGGUUCUUAUGGCUAUCUUCACAACCUUCAUUACAACACCUCUAGUUAUGGCAGUAUAUAAGCCAGCUAAGAGAAUGAGUAAAGCCAUUUACAAGCACAGAACAAUCGAGGGAAAUGAUCCAAACACACAACUUCGGAUUUUAGCCUGUUUCCACAGCACAAGAAACAUACCAUCGAUUAUUAAUCUCAUUGAGGCUUCACGUGGGACAGAGAAGAAGGGAGGACUCUGUGUCUAUGCAUUGCACCUCAUGGAGCUAACCGAGAGGCCGUCUGCGAUAUUGAUGGUUCACAAGGCAAGAAAAAACGGCUUACCCUUUUGGAAUAAGAGCCGUCAAUCAGGUUCCAAUCAAGUUGUUGUUGCUUUUGAGGCCUUCCAGCAGCUAAGCCGAGUGUCCAUUCGCCCAAUGACAGCAAUUUCUCCAGUGAAUAAUAUUUACGAGGAUAUAUGCACGAGUGCUGAGAGGAAAAGGGCAGAGAUCAUAAUUCUCCCAUUCCACAAGCACCAGAGGUUCGAUGGAGCACUGGAGACAACUCGAACCGAGUUCCGUUCGGUCAACAGGAAGGUUCUCGAGCAUGCACCAUGCUCUGUCGGGAUCUUUGUGGACCGUGGACUUGGUGGAAGCACCCAGGUUUCUGCAAGCAAUGUUUCCCUAACCUUAACUGUUCUAUUCUUUGGCGGCUGUGAUGAUCGUGAAGCCGUUGCUUACGGGGCUCGAAUGGCAGAGCAUCCUGGUAAUAGUUUGACAGUCAUUCACUUCUUAGCAUGUCCUGAGAUUGCAGGGGAAAUUGUUGAAGUUGAUGUUGGUGAUGGUGAUGGUGAAGGCUCCAAAACUUCAUCAGGAACAGGAGAUGAAAAGUUUCUUGCUGAAUUCAAGCAGAAGAUUUUGAAUAACAACUCAAUCAAAUUUGAAGAGAGGUUUGUAAGGGACGCUGCAGAAACUAUCGAUGCGGUUAGGGAGGUCGGUCGAUGCAGUCUGUUUUUGGUUGGUCGGGUGCCUGAGGGUCAAGUAGCUGCAUCUUUGAAUGUUAAGAGUGACUGCUCUGAACUGGGGCCAGUAGGCAGCAUUUUGACUUCCCCGGAUUUCUCAACUUCAGCUUCUGUGCUGGUGGUGCAACAGUAUCAUAGCCAGAGAGUUCUUACUCCAUUGUCUUCGAGGAGGGUGUUGCCUCAGGAAGUUUCUGCUGUGUAGCCUGAGGAAGAUUUAGAAUCCAAGUGAUUGGCUCUCUUUAUCCAAAUAAUGAGUUGUCUGUAUAGCAAACAAAUAGUGAUGAAAAUUUUAUUUUGAUUUCUUUUUAUACUUGUAUGAUGAUAGUUGUUGACCAAAAGGUUAUCAGAUAUUAAAUUGUCACAGAUUACACUUU